CUUACUCGUCGGAUCUAAAAAUAGAUUGAUGGUGUUGCGCGCAAAGCAGUAUGGGAUCGAAGUGCGGACAAACAUUUCUAUUCUCAUCACGCAAGCUACUGUGAAGGCGGCCUUGAAACUGCAUCUCUGUGUCUCUGUUUUUAUCGAAAUCUAAGAUAUAAAGAUAAUGUACAACGCUGAGAAUACUAGAAGUAAAGGUGCAUCAAAACACUGUGCAUGGGGUGUAUGCAAGUCAGAUUCCCGUUAUCCAGAAAAGUUACCAGAAGGAACUAACUUUAUUCGAUUUCCAAAGCCUGGAAAUGUCAAGGAUGGAAUGACAGAGUGGGAGAAAGGGCAACAAAUCCUCAAAACCGAGAAGGCAAAAAGGUGGCUUCAUGCAUGUGGGAGGAAAGAUUUUUCGAAAAUAUCAGAUAUAAAGAAGGACACGUACAUAUGCACCUUACAUUUUAUGGAAGGCAAAGGCCCAACGGAAGACCAUCCUUACCCGGUCCUUGCAACGCUGACUGAGAAGGAACAAAAUCAACGGGCAACACGGGCAAAGACGAGAUCAAGGUCCAGGAAGCGCAGGGAAAAUCCAAUCGAAGAAACUGGUGCCUCGAAAAAACACCAGCAAGAGUCUUCGUGUUUUUCAGUACCUGGUGAUCCUGAAGAGCAAUCGGAAGAUACCAGCGUUUUAUUUGAAUCGGGACUCCCUGGGCCUAGCAGAGCCUCUCUUGAAUCUCAAGACCAGGGGCGUACAGACAAAGAAACCCAGACUGUGUACUGUAAGUACACACUAGGAGCAAAAGUAGAGACCAUGAUCUACAGAAAUCGACUUAUUCAAGAAGGCAUAGGUUUAUUCCCUUCAGAGCAGAAAGAGGUCAAUUUAAUGUCUUCUGAAAUCAUAAUAGCAGAUGACAAAAAGUGCAAAUAUUUUACAGGGCUUCACACUGAACAAUUUGAGGCUCUAUUUGAGUUCUUAGGACCAGCGAAAUAUGAACUGUCUUACUGGGAUGGUCCUGAAAAUAUUGAAAAAGGGAGCCUUGCAAGAGGAGAGCCACAGGGUAUAUCUGUAAAGGAACAGCUUUUUCUCACAUUAUUGAGACUGCGUAGAGGAUUCAACAUUGCAACAAUUGCUCAUAUGUACAGUAUAAGUAAUACUGUGGUGAGAAAAAUUUUUGUAACAUGGAUCCAGUUCAUGUUUUGCCACUUCAAAGAGUUUGAACAUUUAAUGUUUCCUAGCAGACAAGCUCUGAGGACUUUUUUGCCAAAAGUUUUCCAAAAAUUUAAGAAUGUGAGAUGCUCUGUAGACUGUACGGAAUUCUUCUGCCAAACACCAAGCAAUUAUGCACAACAGGGAAACAUGUUUUCCUCAUAUAAGCAUCACAACACUAUGAAAUGUUUAAUUGCUGUGACCCCCAAUGGCUCUGCUUGCUUCGUGUCUGAUUUGUUUGAGGGGAGCAUUGAUGAUGUGUCCAUUUUUCGGGAAAGUGGAAUUCUGAAGCAUAUUAAUCCAGGUGAUGCAAUACUGGUUGAUAAAAGAUUUACUGUGCAAGAUUUAUUGUUCAACAAGCAAGCAACAAUACAUAUACCACCAUUUCUUGGCAAAAGGGAUUGCCUUACAAAAGAAGAAGAACUUGCAACAAAAAGGAUUGCCAAGGCCAGAAUCCAUGUGGAGAGAUUCAACGAAAGACUCAAGAAGUUUAGACUAAUAGGAAACAUAAUCCCAUUGAACCUUAGUUCCAUUGCAUCACAGCUUGUAUAUGUUUCAUGUUGUCUUGUUAAUUUUCAACCAUGUCUCUGUAAAUAAGCAAUUAGAGAACCUGGGAAAGUUUAUAUGGAUUUUUUUUUUGAAAAUAAAUAUUUGUUAUAAACCUAAAAAGGUUAUUAUAAUGAUACAUAUCAAAUAUAGAUCUAUAUAGAUAUAUACAUUCUCAUCAGCAACUCUAUAGAUGUGAAUAAAAUAGUAUAUAAUUAUCAAAAAACAAGCACAUAAAAGUUUUGGUGUAAACCUGCAAUCAGUAUUAGGCAUCAAAGUAUCAAAAA